AUGGCCAUGAGUGAGCUGAGCAUGCAGAAGACCAGCGAUGGCACUGUUUCUCGCCUGCUCAAUAUGGUGGAAAGUGAGCUUCAGGCAGGGAGGGAAAAAGGCGACCCCACGGAGAAGCAACUUCAGAUCAUCCUGGAGGACGCCCCUCUCUGGCAGAGAUUCAAGGAAGUCACGAACGAAAUGAUCGUGACCAAGAAUGGCAGACGGAUGUUCCCUGUCCUAAAGAUUAGUGUUACGGGGCUGGACCCCAAUGCCAUGUACUCCCUCCUGCUGGACUUUGUCCCAACGGACAGUCACCGCUGGAAGUACGUCAAUGGAGAAUGGGUGCCCGCGGGCAAGCCAGAAGUCUCCAGCCACAGCUGCGUCUACAUCCACCCCGACUCCCCCAACUUUGGGGCCCACUGGAUGAAAGCGCCCAUCUCUUUCAGCAAAGUGAAGCUGACCAACAAGCUCAAUGGAGGUGGGCAGAUAAUGUUGAAUUCUCUGCAUAAGUAUGAACCCCAGGUGCACAUAGUGCGUGUUGGAGGCGCCCAUCGAAUGGUGAUGAACUGCUCCUUCCCUGAGACCCAGUUCAUAGCCGUGACUGCCUAUCAGAACGAGGAGAUAACAGCUCUCAAAAUCAAGUACAACCCUUUUGCCAAAGCCUUCUUGGAUGCCAAGGAAAGGAACCACCUAAAAGACGUCCCGGAAGCUGUCGCUGAGAGCCAGCAUGUGGCCUAUUCUCACUUGGGAGGAUGGAUCUUUUCCAAUCCGGAUGGAGUGUGCACAGCAGGAAACGCCAAUUAUCAGUAUGCUACUCCUUUGCCUCUGUCUGCUCCCCACACCCACCAGGGCUGUGAGCACUAUCCUGGCCUCCGAGGACACCGGCAGGCUCCUUACCCUUCUGCUUACAUGCAUAGAAACCAUUCUCCCUCAGUGAACUUGAUAGAAAGCUCCAGCAAUAAUCUGCAAGUUUUCUCUGGAGCUGACAGCUGGACGUCCUUAUCCUCCACACCCCACGCCAGCAUCCUGUCUGUACCCCACACGAGUGGACCCAUGAAUCCAGGGCCUAGCCCCUACCCUUGCCUGUGGACCAUUAGCAACGGCGGUGCGGGCCCUGCCGGGCCGGGCACAGAGGUGCACGCUGGCUCCCCGGGAGCCUUUCUUCUGGGUAACCCAGCUGUGACUUCGCCCCUCUCCACCCAGGCACCCACCUCGGCUGGCGUGGAGGUUCUAGGGGAGCCCUCGCUGACCAGCAUCGCCGUGUCCACCUGGACAGCAGUGGCCUCGCAUCCCUUCUCAGGCUGGGGUGGCCCGGGUGGGGGUGGGCUCCAUUCUCCCUCCUCCUUGGACAGUUAGGCAGGAUCUUAGGGAAGGGGUCAGCAGAAAACCUUCUAUGUGUAGAGCUCUAGGAACCCCCUCCAUUGAGCCCAGUGAGUCAGACUGCAGGUCUCCCCACCCAGUGAGCUAGAGGGUGGGUGCGUCAUACCAGAAGCCCACUGGAGGACGGAUUAGUUUGCAAGAUGCUGUUAUCGUCCCUUCCGUCUCUCCAUCAUUUUCUUUUUGGGCUCUCUUCUUCUCUGCAGCUUCUCCAGGCCAUGCUCAGGCGACAAAAGCUCUUGAGAACCUUCCUUGUGCUCUGCCUGUUACUCUCGGAUGAUUCUAGAAGGCUGCACUUCCUGUUCUGUGGGUGCAAAGCUGUUAAGUGAGCUCAGAGUUUACCUAGCCUAAGGCCACUGCUUCCUAGCUUUGUGCAGCCCUGGAAAGUAAGUGUCACCAGAGAGCAAGAGGGUGUGAGUUCACAGAAUGAAGGUAACAAAAAUAGAGCUAAUCAUGUAAUGCUCAGAGCAGUGUGCCUGGAAUUGAGGAAAGAAGAUGUCAUUCCGUUGCUCAGAGACCUUUGAUGGCUCACCAUUGCCUGCAGAAUGAAGUCACAUCUCCUUACUAGAGGGAGAUCCCCUACCGUCUAGCCAGACACUCCUCUGGCUUUAGCUGCCUCUAUAUUUCAGUCAAGGCAGACAUUCCGUCUCUGUUCUCUGGACAUGCAGUGUCCUAUCCCCUCUAUACCUCCUCCCACCGUCUCUGUCUGGUCCCACCUGUGCGAAGCCUACCCACCUCCCGGGCACUGGCUGUGGCGCCACUCCCCACAGCAAACCCCCCAUCAGCCAGGGCGCAGCCCGUCCGGGCCGGCUCCCUGCUCUCCUGCUGGUUCCGCCUCUGCUGUAGAGCUCACCUUGCUCUGCCUGUGUUUUUGUGACCUGUGAGUGUGUCUCUCUCACUAGACUGUGAGCCCCUACCUUGGGGUGAGGCCUGGCCUUCUCGUCGUUGUGCCCACAGCACCUGGCACUGUGCCUUGCCUGUAGUCGUGCCUAAUAAACACUGGCUGAGUUGAA